ACUAGUGCUCUUACCCUACUAUUGUCCACGAUGAAAACAAACGAUAACCUAUGACUGUUCAUUGAAAUUAGGGAAGUCCGAAUCCCAAAUUUGUAAACAGAUAUUGUUAUCGCAAUAUAGCAGGAUGGAACACGUCAUAAUACGUAUGAUAUAAAUGAAGUGUAGAUAAAAAUACACCAGUUUGUGAACACAAUUCAUUCGGGAUAGAACCGUGAAAUAUUUCUAAGCAAUGGAUAGUUCAGAUAAGUCAAAUCUUCCGCUUCUGCUCGAGAUAGACUGGGAGCGACAUGAGGCAUAUACUGGAGAGAAUAUUUUUCACGUCAUUGCAAAAAAAGGAUGGUUAAAGAUGCUGUGUGCACUCGAGGGGCUCGUAGAUGAAAAGAUCAAGCCAUGGCUACGAAAGUGGAGCAGGGACGGCAAUACUUGCCUCCACGAAGCAGCGUUGAGAAAUAAAGGACCACAAGCAAUACGGAUAAUGGAAAAGUUAAUAGAAUAUGGAGCAGACCUUAAUUUAAAAAGUUCUUGUCAUAAACCUGUACUUCACGUGGCAGUAGAAAGAAACGACUAUGAACUAGUUGCAUGGAUUUGUCAGCAACCAGGCAUCAAUUUGGAAGCAGAAGAUUUCUACAAAUUCACUGCCCACCAAUUGGCAUCGAAGAAAAAUCUCAACAAUGACAAAAAAAUGGUGAAGAUACUUGAAACCUAUGGUGCAAUUCCUCGGCAAGAUGGCAGCAGUGAAGACGAAGUAAGUGAUUCAGAAGAAAAGAGUGAUUCAGAAUAGUAACUGGAAGUGUGAAAAAAAAAUGUUGUAUUCAAAAAUGUUAUGUGUACGUGCUGCAAAUAACAUAAGUGCACUUGUGUUUCAUCGGUAAGUGAUAAGUGCUAGACAUAGACAAUGUCGCCUUAGUUAAUAGGUUUGGAAUAACUUGUAUGCGAAUUUGUAUUGAAUUGUUUAUUAGAUUUAAAGAGACUAUAAUGUAAAAAAAAUUAAAUAUAAUUAUAUAUAAUUGUAUGUAAUUAUCUAGUUCAUUUUUAUGUUAUUCUCUGAUCGGAAUAAGUAAUGAAUCACAUCCGAUAACCGAAUGUUAAUCGAUCGCUAUUGAUGUAUAGGUAUUGUAAUUUACUGUUUGUAACUUGUUUCUAAAUCAUUGUAUCAUGUAGGGUAUUGGGUAGUAUUUUGAUUUUCAUUUUUAUAAUAAACAUAACUGGGUCUAAAACGUCGUUUUUUUUUUGUUUUCAAAUUCAAUACUAUAUGAUAUCUUAACGUACAUCCAAUGUUGUUUAUAGGCUAUAAAAUAUUUUAAGUUAUUUAGCGUACCAAAUUAAGCUUUCACCGAUACUCUAUGUCCGGUAAGAAAAUUGCAGUUCACAAACCUAAUGAUGAUCCCUUUUAUCUUUCAAAAAUGAAAAUUUCUUGAUGAAGUC